AUGAAUGUUCAGAACAGUAAGGGAAAGGGAGCCUUGCAGGAGAAGGCAGUCAUGACUUUCGGUAGUAAGGCUGGUUUACCGCCCACAUCGCAAACAUGGACUAGAGAAAGAGGGCCUGGGAACAAGAAAAUGGUGGAGUCAGCUAGGGGAAGACUUAAAAAAUUAAAUAAUAGGCCGAUUAGAGGAUUGGUGUUUGGUCCGACUAAGGGAGAGAUAAGCUUAUCGGAGUCUGGGAAGAGACUGAGAGUGAAAAAUAGUGAGGCUAGGAGAUCUGGUGGAGUCCUCAGAGACAGGGUAGAGGACGGGAGAUAUUCUUUUGGGCAGAGUGGGGGAAUAUGGCUUUUGUGGAGGGAUCAGGCUUGUGCAAUCACAGUAUUGGGCUCAUCUGAUCAGUAUAUUCAUGCGAGGGUGGUGUUCGGAACAGAGCUGAUGCACAUUAUCGCGGUUUACGCGGCGCCUACGGUCAGUCGCAGGAGUGGCCUUUGGGGCCAAUUGAAAGCUGUGUUAGAGAAUAUUGAUGAGCCGGUCUUAGUAGGUGGAGACUUUAAUACUAUAGUGAGGCUGGACGAGAGAACAUGCGGUAAUGGUAGACUCUCUCCGGAAUCGCUGGCGUUUGGGGAAUGGAUCAACGAUUCAGCCUUGGCGCGAGUAAGAUGGCAGGAGGCUGUGGUUUCCCAUCUUCCUUUCUUAGCUUCGGAUCACACACCGCUCUAUGUUCAGUUGGAGCCGGUACGGAAAGCGAAUCCAAGAAGGAGACCGUUUAGGUUCGAAGCGGCAUGGCUCAAACAUGAUUGGUUUAAGGAGCUGCUCGUAUCAUCAUGGAAUGGGGAGAUGAGUACUCCUGAGGCUCUGGUAUCCUUGAAGGAGAAACUCAAGAAAUGGAAUAAAGAGAUUUUCGGGGAUGUUAGUAUGAGAAAAGAGAAGCUACUUGGUGAGAUUAAAGAGAUUCAGGAGGAACUGGAGAGCAACCCAAAUGAUGUGCUGAUAGCAAGGGAGGCGGUUUUACAAAAAGAGUUCGACAUUGUUCUUGAACAAGAGGAGCGGAAGAGAAACAGGAUUGAGAUGUUGAAAGGUGAAAGUGGUAAAUGGGUAGAACAGUCGGAAGAAUUGGAGAAGUUAGCAAUGGAUUAUUAUAAGAGGUUAUACUCAACGCAGGACAUAUUAAUGAAUACCGACAAAUUGCCACAGCAGGGCUUUAAGGAUUUUAAGAGUGAUGAGCUGGAGUAUUUGAUGAAACCAUUCUCGGCGGCUGAUAUGGAGGUUUCAGCUAGAUCAAUGGGGGAAUCUGUAGCUCGGUUUGGGCUGGAGUUUUUUGAAUCUGGAAAGCUCACGGAGGGGAUGAAUGAUGCAAUGGUGGUCCUAAUACCGAAGAUAAUAACAAAGGCAAUGGUGUUGAGGCUGAAGAGACUAAUGCCAAUGUUAAUUGGACCGGCACAAGCUAGCUUCAUUCCGGGCAGGCUGAGCACGGACAAUAUUGUGGUGGUCCAGGAGGCGGUUCACUCGAUGCGAAGGAAAAAGGGUAGGAAAGGAUGGAUGCUUCUCAAACUGGACCUAGAGAAAGCUUAUGAUAGAAUCCGAUGGGACUUCUUGGAGGAUACUUUGUAUGCAGCGAAGUUACCACAAGUAUGGAUUAAAUGGAUCAUGGAGUGUGUGAUGAAUCCUGGGAUGAAGAGAUUGUGUCACCAGAUCGAAUCCUCGGUUGCUAAAAAGGAAUGGAAACCGAUCAGGCUGUCUAGAGGAGGACCAUCUCUGUCGCAUAUUUGCUUUGCGGAUGACUUGAUUUUGUUUGCUGAGGCGUCCAUAGCACAGAUUCGGGUCAUACGUAAGGUCUUGGAGAGCCUCUGUGGAGCGUCUGGACAGAAAGUCAGUUUGGAAAAUUCACUAAAUUAUUACUCUGAGAAUGUGCACAGUGAUCUUGCCAGCGCUAUAAGCCAUGAAAGUGGGAUUAAAGGUACUAAGGACUUGGGGAAGUACUUGGGUAUGCCUGUUCUGCAGAAAAUGAUUAAUAAAGAAACUUUUGGCGCAGUGAUUGAGAAAGUUUCGUCUAAACUGGUUGGAUGGAAGAGGAGAUUCUUGAGCUUAGCGGGGAGAAUAACCCUUACGAAAUCAGUUCUAUCAUCACUCCCGGUUCAUACCAUGAGCACGAUAGCCCUACCCGCAUCGAGUUUGAAUCAACUGAAUAAGAUUGCCAGGUCUUUCAUUUGGGGCAGUACAGAUGGGACGCGCAAACAGCAUUUAGUGUCUUGGGAGAGAAUCUGUAAACCGAAGAGGGAAGGUGGGCUUUGUAUACGGUUAGCUAAGGAGAUGAAUGUUGCUCUACUAGCUAAACUUGGAUGA